UGUAUUUAAUUGAUAAUAUGGAAACAAAAGGCAGUAAAAAUGUUUCAGCCAGCAACUUGACCACCAUUCCUAUAACAGAGGAUAGUGUUGUUUAUGUUGCAAUCAAAGGUUCCUUGCAUGCUCAUGAUUGUUCAGCAUUUGCCUUAGGACAAGAAGAAGUGAAAGCACUUGUUAAAAAAUUCCCAGGCUCCGGUUCCGAUGUUGUCAAUGGAAUAACAAUAAAGACAAAUGUCCUACAUGCUAUAAAUGCUAUGGGACAGUUGGGCUAUAAAGUUGUUUCCAGUACUGGAGAGGCUGAGAUCACUUGGACACUUCAGAGAGAAUUAUAAUUAUAUUCCUUGCAUCUAUAUGUCAUUGUUAAA